GAGUGAGAGCGCGCGAGUAUGUUAGCAGCGAAAGUUAGAGGCUGCUAACACUAUCGUUAGUAAUGAAACUUAGGGUGAAAUUAACAGUGCUGUGAGAGUGUAUGAAGUUGCGACAGGGCUUAUAUUACUAAACAUGGAGUUUUAUAGAGAAGAGGCGGAGGUCCCGGAUCCUCACAUGUUCAGAACUGUUUUAGGAAUGUUUGAGGGACAUCCACAUAUGCAAAGAAUAAUAAGAUGCGGCCUUCUUGGUAUUGACUAUGAGGAUGAGCUAGAUGUUCCAUGCGAUGAUGAUGAUUAUGAUAAUUGGAGUCAUAAUUUCCAUGGAUACUCGCCGAACCGCUUGAGGUCAUCCAGUACUGUAUAUCAACCUGUAUACUCUUCAGCUCGUAAUUCGUCGUGCCCAUCCUCUUUAAGAUUUCAGACAAAGGAUGCUGAAAGAAAAGCCAGAUUAUUAGAAGAAUCUAAAAAAAGCAAAGAAAAGGCUGAGAAGAAGCGUCUUAAGAAACAGAAACAAAAGGAAAGAAAACGGCUUGAGAAGCAGGAAAAGGAAAAACUGAACCCUGAAGAAAAUGAGGAGGGAAAGGAUGAUUCAGAGCAAUCCAAAGCAGAGGGGAGUAAACCAGUUAAUGAUCAACACAAUGCCAAUAACAAUUCUAGUGUUAAACUGCAGGCCUCAGCCAAAGAUACAGAUACCAGUGACAGCAGUGACGACGAAUCCAGUGAUGAAGAUGGCAACACCAAGAAUGACUCUGGUGACUCAGAGGAACUGGAUAUGACGAGUACUUUUGUGAGAAAAGCUGCUCUUAUAGCCAAGCAUAAACUGGAGCAGAAGCCCAGACCUGAGAAGAAGGAGAAAAAGAAGAUAUCAGACAAAGAAGAAUACAAAACUGUCCCUGAAAAAUCAAAUGAAGAGAAGGUGGUUACAAAGAAGUCUACACAGAAUGCUGCUGCUUCCAGCAUUCCCACCUUUGAAGAUAAUGUAAAAAUCAGCACUGAUUUUGCCGUCAUGGGAAAUAAGUAUGCAAGUGAUGGAAACUUUAAUAAGGCUGUGAAGUACUUCACUGAUGCAAUUAAGCACAACCCUAAAGAGUUUAAGCUAUUUGGAAAUCGGUCCUUCUGUUUUGAAAAGUUGCAAGAAUACGAGAAGGCAUUAAUGGAUGCAGAGUUGUCCCUUGGCAUAUGUCCAGGCUGGGUUAAAGGCCUUUAUAGGAAGGGAAGAGCUUUGGCUGGUCUAAAGAGGUAUGAGGAAGCUGCCCUGGCUUUCAUGGAAGUUCUUAAACUGGACAGUUCAUGUGCAGAAGCUGCCCAGGAGCUGAUGCGGGUGCAGAUAACGCAGCUAAUGGAGUGUGGUUUUACACGAGAGCAGAGCUCAAAUGCUUUAAUUAUUCAUGGAACGGUUGAAAAGGCGUUAGAAGUGCUUUCCAAGUUAAACAAUCAACCAGGAGCUCUUCAGAAUGGCGCACUCCCACCUGUUCAAGUAGCAAAUGUCACUGGAGUCUCUCCAAUCCUUUCAGCCAACACAAACCCUGCACCUGCUGCUGCUGUGCGUCCUCCUGCUCAGUUCAAGGAUGCACUGAAAACGCCACUUAUGAACAAACCUUUGGGCCCAGUCCAGAAUACAUCUGCUGCACAGAAUCAAUCAAAGCCUAUUCUUACUCAGCCAGUGAAGGCCAGCAAUGGUGUUAAUCGACCACUGGAGCUGUUUCCAGUUUGGGUGGGAAACCUGAAUUUCCCAGUAACCGAGUCCAUGAUUGCCAAUCUGUUUAACAAGGUUGGGGUCGUCUAUAGUGUGAAGGUUCUGACUGCCAAACGAUGUGCCUUUGUAAACUUUACAAAACAAGAGCAUUGCGAUGAAGCAAUUCAACGCUUUCACGGCUUUGAGCUGAAUCACAACAAGCUCGCUGUCAGAUACCCAGACAGGAUUCCUCCUGGCAUGGGUAUUUCCAAGUCUGCCCUGAGAGCUGAUGACCUGCAAGAUGAGAAUCUGAGGUAUAACGAGAACAGCCAAAGGCCUGUCCGUCCAUACAAACCUGUCCCCAACCAUAGAGGGGAGUACUGAAUGAAGACCAGGUGCCUUCCAGCUGCUCCUUGGAAUUUGUCUGACUAUUGUGUUCAAAUACACGCUGAAUCACUUAGUGUUCAAUACAGACUAAUUAAUAGUAUCUACAGGCUUUCCUGACAUAAUAGCUUUACUUUUGUUGGACCACAUAAACUCAUCAGGUUAUGUUUGAAAAUGUCAGAUUAACGUUCGCUGAUAAGUCAAGACAAAAACCUUCAUGAUGCCAAAAUUUUCAAAGCCUGACAGAUAAAUGGAAGGGCUUUGAUUGGUAUUUUAAAUAUUAGUAUUCAGGGAAAUCAGUGUAUAAUUUACUUUUUUCUUUUUUUUAAUUAAACUCUCAGAGGAUUAGUCCAACACUGCAGAGCAGCCUUACAGCUGGACAGAAUGGUCUCUUUCAGCAAGUAUCUAAAUUUGUUCUGUGGGUGUUUAUGGGCAGUUUCUGAAAUAUGCUAGUAUCAUUGGUCAAAUUCCAGUAUUACAUUGGCUCAAAAAAAUAAUUUCAUUUAAACGUGUUGAGCAGACAUCAGUGAAGUUUUAGUUAUGGUGACCUGAUUUACAUAUGAAACCUGAACAUAAGUUCAUAAAAGGCCUAUGGGCAGCCUGUUUUUCAAAAUGAUCUGUAUUAUGUUUAUUCACAAUUCUUAUUAUACAUUUAAUAUAAGCUUCAUUUUAUUGUCUUCCAAUAAUACAACCGGUAUUAAGCCGUUGUUUAAGUAUUCAUUUACUUUAUUUGAAAGAUAUCAAUCAAAAUUUUAAAAGGUUGAAAAUAUGGCACAUUAUUAUUAUUAUUUUUUUUUUCUAAAUACAGAUGCCAUCAUAAAUUAAGUUUAAUUCAACAAUUAAAGUUUCCUCAUAUUCUGGAUUCCUGCAUCAUUAUUUUUAAAGAUAUGAACCAACUUCAUGGGACACUUGAGUAUAAAUGGACUGCCAACUGCAUAUAGUCAGGUUUUCCAGGUACAGAUGUAGUUAUGUGUGGGUUGCAGAGGUGGACCAACUAAGAAUAAAGGUAUAAAAAGUCUUAUCUGCAAAAUGGGUGAAAAAGAAAUAUCUUUCUAAAAUCUUUUCUUACAGUGGAUAUCCAAACGGUAAAUAAGGACGAUAGUGCAAGGACAAAAUCAGAAAAAAUAAACAUACGAGUGUGCACCUCCACCCAGUUGAGUU